AUGUGUCCCCAAGUGUUGUCCCCCAAGUGUUGUCCCCCAAGUGUUUCCAAGUGUUGUCCCCAAGUGUUGUCCCCAAGUGUUGUCCCCAAGUAUUGUCCAAGUAUUGUCCCCAAGUAUUGUCCCCAAGUAUUGUCCCAAGUGUUGUCCCCAAGUGUUGUCCCCAAGUAUUGUCCCAAGUGUUGUCCCCAAGUAUUUGCCCUAGUAUUGUCCCAAAGUAUUGUCCCAAGUAUUGUCCCAAGUGUUGUCAAGUGUUGUCCCAAGUGUUGCCCCAUGUGUUGUCCAAGUAUUGAUACAAGUGUUGCUAGUGUUGUCCCAGUAUUUAAGUGUUGUCCCAAGUAUUGUCCCAGUCUUGUGUUGUCCCAAGUGUUGUCCCCAAGUAUUUCCAAGUGUUGUCCCAAGUGUUGUCCCAAGUGUUGUCUGAUGUUGUCCCAAGUGUUGCCCCAUGUAUUGUCCCAAGUGUUGUCUAAGUGUGUCCCAAGUGUUGUCCCCAAGUGUUGUCCCAAGUGUUGCCCCAUGUAUUGUCCCAAGUAUUGUCCCAAGUGUUGUCCCCAAGUGUUGUCCCAAGUGUUGUCUAAGUAUUGUCCAAGUAUUGUCCCAAGAGUAUUGUCACCAAGUGUUGUCACCAAGUGUUGUCCCCAAGUGUUGUCCCCAAGUGGUCCCCAAGUGUUGUCCCAAGUGUUGUCCCAAGUAUUGUCCCAAGUAUUGUCCCCAAGUGUUGUCCCCAAGUAUUGUCCCAAGUGUUGUCCCCAAGUGUUGUCCCAAGUGUUCUCCAUGUAUUGUCCCAGUGUUGACCCCAAGUGUUGUCACCAAAUGUUGUCCCAAGCGUUGUCCCAAGUAUUGUCAAGUGUGUCCCAAGUAUUGUCCCAAGUAUUGUCACCAAGUGUUGUCCCAAGUAUUGUCCCAAGUGUUGUCCCAAGUGUUGUCCCAAGUGUUGUCCCAAGUAUUGUCCAUGUCCUAAGUAUUGUCACCAAGUGUUGUCCCAAAUGUGUCCCCAAGUGUUGUCCCAAGUGUUGUCACCAAGUAUUGUCACCAAGUAUUGUCACCAAUAUUGUCCCAAGUAUUGUCACCAAGUGUUUGUCUGUCCACCAAGUGUGUCACCAAGUGUUGUCCCAAGUGUGUCACCAAGUGUUGUCCCAAGUAUUGUCUAAGUGUUGUCCCAAGUAUUGUCCCAAGUAUUGUCCCAAGUGUGUCACCAAGUGUUGUCCCAAGUAUUGUCCCAAGUAUUGUCCAAGUAUUGUCACCAAGUAUUGUCCCAAGUGUUGUACAGAGUAUUGUCCCAAGUGUUGUCCCAAGUAUUGUCCCAAGUAUUGUCCCAAGUAUUGUCCCAAGUGUUGUCACCAAGUAUUGUCACCAAGUAUUGUCCCCAAGUGUUGUCACCAAGUGUUGUCCCCAAGUAUUGUCCCAAGUAUUGUCACCAAGUAUUGUCACCAAGUGUUGUCCACAAGUAUUGUCACCAAGUUGUCACAAGUGUUGUCCACCAGUAUUGUCCAAGUAUUGUCAUCAAGUGUUGUCCUGAUGUUGUCCCAAAGUAUUGUCACAAGUGUUGUCCCCAAGUGUUGUCCCCAAGUAUUGUCCCAAGUAUUGUCCCCAAGUGUUGUCACAAGUAUUGUCCCCAAGUGUGUCACCAGUAUUGUCACCAAGUAUUGUCACCAAGUGUUGUCCCAAGUAUUUGUACAAGUGUUGUCCCAAGUAUUGUCCCCAAGUGUUGUCCCCAGUAUUGUCCCAAGUGUUGUCCCAAGUAUUGUCCCAAGUAUUGUCCCCAAGUAUUGUCACAAGUGUCACCAAGUAUUGUCCCAAGUGUUGUCCCCAGUAUUGUCCCCAAGUGUGUCCCCAAGUAUUGUCCCCAAGUAUUGUCAUUGUCACCAAGUGUUGUCCCAAGUAUUGUCCCAAGUGUUGUCCCAAGUGUGUCCCAAGUAUUCUGCCAAGUAUUGUCCCCAAGUGUUGUCACCAAUAUUGUCACCAAGUGUGUCACCAAGUGUUGUCACAAGUAUUGUCCCCAAGUAUUGUCCCCAAGUAUUGUCUAAUGUUGUCCCCAAGUGUGUCCCCAAUUGUCUGAUAUUGUCCCCAAUGUUGUCACCAAGUAUUGUCACCAGUCAAGUGUUGUCACCAAGUAUUGUCACCAAUGUGUCUCCAAGUGUUGUCACCAAUGUUGUCACCAAGUAUUGUCACCAAGUAUUGUCACCGAUAUUAUCCAAGUGUCACCAAGUGUUGUCACCAAAUGUGUCACCAAAUGUGUCACCAAGUGUAUCAAUAUUGUCACCAAAUGUGUCCAUGUUGUCACCAAGUAUUGUCCCAAAUGUGUCACCAGUGUUGUCACCAAGUAUUGUCCCUAGUAUUGUCACCAAGUGUUGUCACCAAGUAUUGUCACCAAGUAUUGUCACCGUGUAUGCCAAGUGUUGUCACCAAUGUGUCCCCAAGUGUUGUCCAAGUGUUGUCCUAAGUGUUGUCACCAAGUAUUGUCACCGUGUGUCCCCAAGUAUUGUCACCAAGUAUUGUCCCCAAGUAUUGUCCCCAAAGUGUGUCACCAAGUGUUGUCACCAAGUAUUUGUCACCAAAUGUGUCCCAAAUGUGUCCCCAAGUAUUGUCACCAAGUAUUGUCCCAAGUAUUGUCACCAAGUAUUGUCACCAAGUAUUGUCACCGUGUGUCACAAGUGUUGUCACCAAGUAUUGUCACCAAAUGUGUCUCGAAUAUUGUCACCAAGUAUUGUCGUGGUCACCAAUAUUGUCCCAAGUAUUGUCCCCAAGUAUUGUCACCAAGUAUUGUCCCCAAGUAUUGUCACAAGUAUUGUCCCGAGUGUUGUCCCCAAGUGUUGUCCCAAUGUAUCACCAAGUAUUGUCACCAAGUGUUGUCCUAAAUUGUCACCAAGUAUUGUCACCAAGUAUUGUCACCAAUCACCAAGUGUUGUCACCAAUAUUGUCACCAAGUGUUGUCCCCAAGUGUUGUCACAAGUAUGUCACCAAGUAUUGUCACCAAGUAUCACGUAUUGUCUCAAGCAUCACCAAGUGUUGUCCCAAUAUUGUCACCAAAGUAUUGUCCCCAAGUAUUGUCCCAAGUGUUGUCCUGAGUUUGUCACCAAGUAUUGUCCCCAAGUAUUGUCACCAAAUUGUCCCAAGUAUUGUCCCCAGAAAUUGUCUCACCAAGUAUUGUCCCCAAGUGUUGUCCACAGAAGUGUGUCCGAUGUUGUCCCCAGUAUUGUCCCCAAGUAUUGUCACAAAUGUGUCACCAAGUGUUGUCACCAGUGUUGUCACCAAGUAUUGUCCCCAAGUAUUGUCCAAGUAUUGUCCCCAAGUGUCAAUGUGUCCAAGUGUGUCCCAAGUAUUGUCCCAAGUAUUGUCCCAAAUGUCCCCAAGUAUUGUCCCCAAAUAUUGUCACCAAGUAUUGUCACCAGUAUUGUCACCAAGUGUUGUCCUGAGUGUGUCCCCAAGUAUUGUCCCCAAUAUUGUCCCAAGUAUUGUCCCCAAAGUAUUGUCACCAAGUAUUGUCACCAAUAUUGUCACCAAGUGUUGUCCCCCAAUGUCUAUGUCCCCAAUGUUGUCACCAAGUGUUGUCCCCAUGUAUUGCCCCAUGUUUGCCCCCAAGUGUUGUACCCAAGUGUUGACCCCAAGUAUUGUCCCCAAGCAUUGUCCCAAGUGUUGUCCCCAUGUGUGCCCCAAGUGUUGCCCCAAGUGUUGAAAGUGUUGUCCCCAUGUGUUGCCCCAAGUGUUGUCCCCAUAUGUGCCCCCCAAGUGUUGUACCCAAGUGUUGACCCCAAGUGUUGUCCCCAAGUGUUGUCCCCAAGUGUUGUCCCCAAGUAUUGUCCCCAAGUGUUAUCCCCAAGUAUUGCCCCCAAGUGUUGUCCCCAUGUAUUGCCCCCAAGUGUUGUACCCAAGUGUUGA